AGCAAGAACGGGAGGGCGAAGGAUAGAGAUUCAUGGGGGAUGGUGCGCACGUAGGGUCGCGCGCGCGACAGCGACAGUGGGUGUUCUCGAAAGGUGGCGGGGAGAGAGCGGCAGGAGAGAGAGAGCGGUGGGGACUCCCUAGGCCGAGGAACCAGUCGGAUCCCGGCUUCAGGUCGCGGUGGCGUUUAGUUCACAGGCGGAUGCCGUGGCGCGCGGUUGGCCUGUACGGUAUUGUAUGGAGUGUGUGUUUUACUUGCUAAGAGUAAGAGAAAGAGAAAGAUAAAGAGAAGGAACGAGCGAGAGCUUCGAUUCAAGCUUUAUUUGAGCUUCGACAGACCAGAGACGGCGAGAUAGUGAUAGCAGUUUCCCGCGGAUAAUCGUUCGGUACUGAAGAAACAGCCAAGUUAGGUUCUCUGUCUGACCGAAUCUCUGCUCCGAUCCGACGGACGUAUGAGCUCCUUCUCGUUGCGUUCGUGAGAAGCAAGUUCGUAUUUUUCGUUCACGUCGGUUCGAUGGAACCUGUCGAUCGUAAUCAGUGGAUAUAGUGUAAUAUUUACUUGGCCGCGCAAAUCGAAGCGCAACUUUCGCGCGACGACGAACGUCAACAAAGAGACGCGCAGAUAAACAGAUCGAGAGGCGCGAGUGGUUGUCUAUCACCGACUCGUUGCCGAGAGUUUAUCGGCUUUAGUUAUAGGAGGGCGUAAUCGAGGAGCUCGUAAAGUGAGUGAGUGACAGUGGCGGAAGUGUGUGAUCACCGGGGCGGCGGAUGAUAGGAAGUUCUUAACGACGCGGGUGUGUAUAACGGCAGAGGAUCAACGAUACCCCGAGACGACGCUCAUCAAACCGUCGUCGUCACGUCGGUACGGGCCCGGGGACAUCUCGUGGUCGUCGAUAUUUUUGAGUGAUGUUUUGAGCAGCACCGCACGGAAAGAUGAAGACUGCGGUCGCCUCGUUCCUCCUUUUGCUCGUCAGCGGCGUCAUCUCCGUCGAAUGGAAGCACAGUGCUGUCCUGGACAACAAUUUCUUGGUGCUCUGGACGCCCGAUGAGAAGGAUGUUACAUUCGAGAUUCAAGUGAAGACUCUCGGCUACGUCGGGCUCGGUUUCACGAAGGACGACGGCCGCGCCGGGGCUGACAUGGUCAUCGGAUGGGUCGAUAACAACGGUCAGGUCCACCUUCAGGACCGGCACGUGAAAGAUGCCAGCAGAGAUCCGCAGAUGGAUUCGAGCCAGGACUACCGACUGUUACUGGGUUACGAGAACAAGACGCACACAGUGCUCCGCUUCAGUAGACGAUACGACACAUGCGACCCACGGGACCUAAAGAUCACGAACGACACGAUGCAAGUGGUGUGGCAAUAUCACGUCGAGGAGCCGGUAUCAGCAGCCGGUAUCUUGCCCGAUCACGGAGCAGUGCGGGGAUCAAGACCGUUAUACCUGGUGCAGAGAGACGCACAACCCAGGCGAAACUCGCGUAAUCAGGAAGCGGAGCCGCCUCUGAAGAUCUGGGACAUCCUGAACAAGCAGGUUCGUUUACCCAUGGGGCAAGACACGCUGCUCUGGUGCCGUGUCCUGAGGAUGCCGAGCAUUAAUCAGAAACACCACGUCGUGAAGUACGAACCAGUUAUUCAGCCGGGAAGCCACGAAUACCUUCACCACAUGACCCUGUACGAGUGCCGCGGAGAUCAAGCCGAAUUGGAAUCCGCGGCCGAAACGACCGGGAGUGUCUGUUACGUUCCUGAUAAACCCACAUUCCAGUGCAACACGAUCGCAGCCACUUGGAGCCUCGGUUCUGAGGGCUUUAAUUAUCCGCCGGAGGCCGGAUACGCGCUCAAUCCGUACGCGGGGCCGCGCUACUACAUGCUGGAGACCCACUACACGAACCCGCAGCUGGACGCCUUCAUCAGCGACAGCAGCGGUCUGCGUCUUCUCUACACCGAUCGACUGCGCGCUCAUGACGCCGGUAUCCUCAGCGUUGGCAUCGACCCGAACUGGCGGCAUAUAAUACCGCCCGGCCAGCCCGAGGUGGUCUCCGAGGGCCACUGCAUCGCCGAUUGCACCGGCCAGACGAUACCGAACAGCGGCAUUAACAUGUUCGCUGUGAUCAUGCACACCCACCAGCUCGGCAGAAAGGUCCGCCUGCGGCAGAUCCGCGCCAGCGAGGAGCUGCCGCCGAUCGCCGCCGACACCAACUACGAUCCCAAUUAUCAGGAGUAUCGGAGGCUUCAGAGACCGGUCAAGGUGUACCCGGGUGAUCACUUAGUCGCCGAAUGCACGUACUCGUCCGAAUCUCGGGGGGCCAUUACGCUCGGCGGCCUGGGAACGAGAGAAGAAACUUGCCUAGUGUCCAUUCUCUAUUAUCCUCGCAUUGAAUUAUCUCUCUGUUAUUCUUUACCCUCCCUACCGACGGUGCUGCACAGCUUGGGAAUCCAGAAAUUAAUACAGGGUUCCAGCCCGGUGACGAUCCAGGAACCGCGGAACUUGGAGGGUAUGACACUCGAGGAACGGCUAGUCAGUUACGACUGGGUGUCGAAUUUCCAAAGUUUCCAGGAAGCCACUCGCAGCGGCACGUUUAAGCCGCUAUGCGGUACCAGCAAGGGCGCCUUGCCCGGCACAGAGAACCUCGAAGUGCACUAUCCGCGCAUCUUCAGGCCUUACGAAGAGGCGAGCGUGCCCUGCGCGAAAAAGCCAUUGCGGAACAAAUUGUCGAUGCUGUUGAGCGAGGACGGUGACAUUGGCGCGCCCGCUGAUCCCGACAGCGACGAGUCGAAUGCGGUCGAGCGAGGUCAGUUGGUGCGUAGCAAGGUAUCCCGCAGCAGCGAUGCGGGACCCACGGCCGGUAGCUCUUGCGGCCGUACGGUAUCGGCGGCGGUGAUCUUGGCCGCCGUCACCGUCGUCGCCGGCGCUGCGUUCAGGUGAACGUCGCCGCCGGACGAGCAGUCGUUCGAGUUCACUCGGAUCUAGGAUCAUCCAUCGCGAUCGAACCCGCGGCGGACCGAGCAACGGCAGCAGUAACAACAGCUGAUACGUUUGCGUAAGUACAUGCCAACGACACUUAGGCUUAGAUAAGUGUUAUUGUUCUCCGACUGAACGCGUCCGGAAUUCUUCGGGUGAUUCGAUCGAUGGACUUUUUUUUCGCGAGGCGGGGUGAGCUUUCCGGCACGGCUAACGGCUGGCGUAAUCUUCGUCGUGUAUCAUAUCGUGUUUCGUACUGAUACGUAAUAGAAGUUACACCUUCGUCCUCGAUCUUCGUUACUCCGAAUAGUGAGGCUGAUUCGAUAGAUUUAACUUGGGAGUGUUACUAUAAAUUGUCGAGAAAUUGUUGCGGAAAUAUAACGCAACAAUUUACAUUCGUGUCUCAUUGAAGUUCGAGUAGUAUUUAAAAAUUGAAUUUAUCUAAUUUUUCUUAUAAGCAACUCGUAAAGACUUAAGCAAUGCAUGAACGCGCGUAUCGCGAAGAAUACAGCCAGCCUGUAGUCGAGAAUGUCGAAUUUCUGCGAGUGGAAAAGGACAAUUGCAAUCACCAUUCGAUUCGGUGUAGAUGAAAAUUAUAUACAUAUAUAUAUAUUAUAGAAAACGUAGAGAAAAUUACCGAAUCCACGUUAUCUCGACUUAUAGGUGUUGAAAUAAAAUUAUGGUAUUUUACGGAGGCAUGUCAUCGAAAAAUUCUCAACCACCGCAUAUGGCAUUUGGUUUUAUCAGCAAGAAACAUUAACUCUCUUUUAGUACAACUACAUAGCUGCAUACUGAAAGAUAUCAAAAAAUAAAUUAAAAUAAACUUAAUAAAAUAUUCAAAAAUAUUUUGUUUUUAAUUAUUUUUUUAUUUAAUUAUUUGUAUUUAAUUGGACAUGUCCUACAAAGAGAAAUAUCUCUUUUGGAUGCUCGACCUAUAAAAAGCUCCGCGUUUCACGUUGUUCUCAAAGCAAAUAAUUCUACGAAAGUUAUUUUCAGAAGAACAUCUAGUACCAGAUGUAUAGAGUAUUUUUGUGCAUAUUUAGAAAGUUUUUUCUCACGUUUUUAUUUUUGGCUUUUGCAAGUUUUGUUUUUGCGUCAGUUUUACGUUCGUUCUCGAUAGCUCUCGAGAAUACACGCGAUUUUGAAACUCGAAAUGACGAUAAUCAAAUAUUCAGCUCGACUUUUAAAAAUCAGAAAGGAGAGAGUUAAUGACGCUGUGUUGAAGCCGGAAGUCGGAUGUGGAUGUGCGGCAUAUUAAUUUUCGCCCGCGGGUAAAACCGAGUACAGGCGAUCGGAUCUAUCGUGUUCUCGUUUCGCGAUCGGCUUUUCUCUUUCGCGACUUCCGUUCGCGCGCACCAUUGUUAUAUAAUAGAGAAUUUUUGCGAGCAGUACUCUUCGAAGCACGGUAAAAGCGGAAGUCCCCACGCCCGAUGCGAAAUAUCUAUAAAUCAUCGUGACAGUUUUCACCUGAAAUUUAUAUUAUUAUUUAUAUUCGGGACAUUUGCAUUUACCAUAUUCGAAAUACGCUUUUGCAAAAAAAAGUCUGUAAUGUCCCGCGCGCUCGCGUAGGUUGACCAUAGCGGGAUAUCACUCGGAUACGAAUGCAUCGGCUUGGUUGUACGUAGACUUUAGCACAUUAGAAUCAAUAAUGCAAGUUGCAGUGGAAAUGAAUAUGAGAACUUUCCCUGUUCUUUAUAUAUACACAUUCAUUGACCCUCACGAUACAUCGACUCACAGUAAUAAUCAAAACUUCAAAGAAUUUAUAUAUAGAUUAUUGUAGAUGGGACCUAAUGAAUAUCAUUCUGUUUUGUGCAAAGUUAUUUUUUACAAAUUUUAAUAAAAUGUAAAGAAUAAAUAAAAGAUUCAAAUAUAUUGAAUCAUGGACUGCGAUUGUAAUUAAUAAAUAAGAUACUGCAUAAAAUUGUAAUAAUAAAAGUAACUGACAUUUUAUUUUUAAUAGCUUGUAAUCAAGAGCUAAACUUUGUUAUAGAAUGUUGCUGUAAAUAUUAAUCUAUGUAAUAUUCUUGACAUUAUGAAAUGAUAAUAAUUGAAAUUGAACGAGUUUACGCUAUGCAAAUGUACCUUCUAUCACUGAAUAUGAAAUUGACUGGUGACUGUACUAUUCAUCUAUACUUAAAAUUAAUUAGUUUUGUCCUGCGAUCGCACUGCCUGAUACAGCUGCCAUUCAAUGUAGUCGCCUGUGAGUCACUCUAUCAUCAUCGAUUUCAAGACACUGCCUUAGCGCUCCUACACGAAGCUACUUUUAAGUCGCAUUAAAAUGUAUCUAUUCCAUCUUGAUGAGUGGAAUAGGUAACAUUUAUUAAUGAAAGCAUUGGAAAUUCUUGUGUUUGAUUUUUUUUAUAAUACACAUGACGACUUUGUCGGCCGAUGAUUUCGAACGAGAGAUAUCCUUGCAAAAUUUCGCAAUUCUCUCUUGUCAAUAGAGCGGAAUAUUAAUUUAAAACUUCUUUCGAGUUAAUCGCAAGAGUUUAAUUGUUGGCUGUUUAUUUGCUGUUCGAGAAUCGAGCGAGUCGUCGCGAUUUUCGCGAAAGAACGUUUCGUGAAUUUAUUUUUUAGGGUACGACACGUGCUUUCUCCGAAGUUUUUCCAGUGCGGUAUUUCCCAAUUCAAUUUAACCGUUUAUUAACUGGACUUUUUUUGCUUAUAGAAAAAUUAGAAAACUGAUAAAUGAAACGUAUUAAUUAAAUCAUUAAAAUUUAGGAAAUAUAGAUGGGUAUGUAAUUUUCAGAUUAACGUUGUAAAAAAAUUAAUUGCAAAUCUGUUUGAAAUGAAAAUUUUUUUGCGAUUUUUGAUAGUACAUUUUUCUGUGAAAGAAAAAUGUAACUUCGAAGCAAGCAAAGAAAGCUAAAAUUUUAAAAUUUUAUUAUUUCUGUUUUGUAUUAAUAAAAAAUUUUACAAACUAGAAUUCCUUAAGGACUUAUGUCGUAAGAAAUGUAAUUUUGUGAUAAAAAUUUUUCAUGAAAUUUUGCAGAAAAUAAUGUUUGGGAAACACUGUUCUAAUAAUUUCGGCGAUCACGCAAUAAACGCGCUUCACAACGUCGUGCUCGCACGGUUCUCGCCAAAGUCUGUACAUUUUGUUAAUUAGACCGUAGUGAUAGAGAUGCAUUUUUUAUAAAGAUUGUAUAAGCAUUGGUUGAUUUGCACGCGAUGGUAAUUUUGUGUGAGAAUCUAGGUCUCGCUACCGGAUUCGUAUUCGUAUUCUCUUUCGUUGAAACGUUUUUACGAAGGAGUGUGUUACUUAACCAACGUUUAUAUAUAAAUAUAUAAAUAGUCACAUUAUAUAUAUAUAUAUUAUACAUACCCAACGACUCUUUGUAAUAUUCUGUACAGUUUAUUAUGUGUAACGUUAUUCACGCGCUUGUCAACGCUCGUUGUCGUACAUGGGCGGUUAUUUAUUUCUUAUUUAAUGUAUAAAGCGAUAUACUUGCGACUUGACACAUCUCCCGUUGUUGCGUACAUACACAUGUAUACAUAAUACACAUACAUACACACAUUUUUGAGAUUUUUUAAAUAAAUCUGACACAUAGAGACACUCGAUUUUCCGAUAAAUUGUGUGAUUCUUAUUAAUUUCACCCAUAUUAAGGCUAUCGGAGAGUAAUCGAUAUGCGCUUGAGCGUGCGAUAAUUUAGAUUGCUCAACGUAUAAACUAAGUUAUCAAUUAUAGAUUUGUAAAUUUCAGUGAUUUAUGAUUUUGUAACGUAUUUUUUAAAUGAAGUUAUUCGAUUUUACCAAAGUUCUGUUUAUCUCCAGUUUAUUGAUUAAUUAAUAUAAUUACUAUUAUUGUCAUAAAAUUUAUGUUAUUAUUAGCCGCUUAUUUUAAUCAGCUGCACGAUACGAAUAAAUAUAGAUGACGUGCCUAGUAAACUCGUGAACGUUUUCAAGGGCUAAACGAACGUUUUGAACGAUACGAUCUGCAUGGCGAUUUGCAUUCGAUUCGAAAGCUUCUCCUGAUAAUUUCCAUUUAAAUGACUCUCGACUCGGAUUUGUUCUUUAUUCUACCUCAUUUCGAAAUCAAACGAAACGGAAGUGUCUCUAAACACGCGCUGUUAUCGAUUUCAAUUUUGCACCGGUAUUAACAGGAAAAUAAAAGAAAAAAAAACGGAGAGUUUGGUUAGCCAAAAUCAAUUUCCAAUUUUUUCGUCAAAUUCACACUUUUUGGUGUUGGAUCGAAAAAGAUCUUCUCCCUCCUGCUCUCCUCCCUCUAGUAUAGCGAAAUCUCAAAGUAGGCGCGACUAAUCGGUAUCGGACACGUAGGUACGUUUUACAAUUUAAUACUAACUGGUAAUUCGUAAAUGUCAUAGGAAAAUCUGUGUGUGUAGAGAAGACCUUAGGGCAAUCGAAUGGCCGUAUCUUAACCCUUAAGCAGUCGGGAUUUUCGAGUAUAUCUCGCGAUAUUCAAUUAUUCGCCACGUAGCACAAGCGAAUCGAACUUAUCAACGAAAAACGGACCAGUCAAAAUUAUUUUAUCGAAGCACAUAAUAAAUAACUUGAGACUUUAUACAAAUUUCAUUUUUUUUUAUUUAUAAUUUUAUUUAUGGAAAUUCCCUGAAAAAUUACGUAUUAUAAGAAACACGGACUCUGAUCGUCAUCGACUACUUAAGGGUCACAAGCAACGCGGAGGUCAUUCGUUCGUAACCACGCUGUACUUGUCGAAUCGAAAUUGCUGAGAACUGCAGUAUAUAUUGCUUUACAAAUAUUGUGUUUCGAAUGAACCCGGUUCAACGGUGAGAACGCGGGUAACUAUAUUCUGGCGAUGAAAAGCGAUCGGCGUUGUCGGUAAAUCCAUGCAUGACGUCGCUCCCCCAACUGUGCUCGAUGGUACAUAGUUGUUCGACAAACUAUUUUCGAUAACUCGCAACGCCACGCCGGACAAUUAUUACGCAAAAGAGACGGCCACCGCAGCAUUUUUUCCGAUAACCCGUUAUCCGCGUGCAGGCGAGUUUCUGCUGCAGAGUUACUGAAUGUUUUCGAGAAAUUUGUUCGUUUAAAAUGGAGCGCUCAUGUCGACGGUAAGUUCAUAUAGGACACGUCGCGUUUAAAGCGUUUUGCUUGCGGUAAUGUGAGCGCGGCAAAGUUUUUCUUGGAAGUCAUGAAAGUUUCGGGGUUUUUCUUUCCAAGCAAGAUUUUUUAAAAUGAAUAAAUCAUUCGUUGAAAGUAUCGACUACCGGGAUCCGACAGCGUCGCAUUAUUAUCUGGCACGUCGAUCGAUACAGUUUGCUCGAUGGAGGCCCCAUGCGCAAUAACAUCAUUUAAAGCACAUGUAGUCGUAGUCAGAAAUUCCGACUAAUUCUGCGGAUUCGAUUGAUUCCGCUAGUUUUUUUUUCUCUUUUCGAUUCUCUCUCUUUCACUCUUUUUCUCUCUCUCUCUCUCUCUCUUUCUCUCACUCUCUCAUUGCGUGGACAUGCAUGUUAGGAUCUGCUAAAUAUUCGACGAUUUUUAACUUCGUCAAACGGCUUGUAAUAAUUGAUGCGCGAUAAGCGAGGACGACGCGAUAUAUCGUCCUCGUUCGAGGAGUUGAUGCGCAUUGUCGACGGUUGCCAAGGAUCCUGGCGGGUCCUUUCGUCGCGGAUCGUCGGCGAUGUGAAAUGGGUGCUAAAGAACCGCCGGUGAUAUGAAUAGAACAAUCAAGCGAUGCGUCACGAGUAAAUGUCCUUUAAUAAACUGGGAUAAUUAUUAUGUUAGGUAACAUAGCGCGACGUGUUACGCCAUUUAUACUUGAUGAUCUUGUACUGUACGUAGGUAUAUUAGGCAAUCUUUUUUUUGUAACGAUUGCUGGCGUUCACCGUCUUUUUGACAACAUUCGAGGUGAUUUUUCAAAAAUCUUUCGAAUUUUCUUUUAAGUAUGUUACAGUAUUUCUUUCCUUUUAUUUUUUUAUAAUUAAUAAUUAACAAAUCUAUUUUUGUUUAAUUUGAGAUAUUUUGAUAAAUAAAUUUAAAGAAUUAAUUACAACAAAACUGUUUUUUCUGACAGUAAUAUACGUGAAAUGGUUAUGCAAAUUGUGCGAGAAAUACAAAGUCAAAACCUUUUCUUGAAAGCAAAAUUCACGUUGCGACGCCGAAGAAUCGAAUUUCGUGGCGUCGUGAAGUGUGCUGACACCUUCCACCUUCCAUCUUCCACCAUUUCCAACAAAAAUGUUUAUUUCAUCGGGAGUACCGAACUAAAUUCGAGUGGAUAUGAUUCCCGUUUUGAAGCGCGCUGAAAGUCAGUCGAUGUCAACGUCGCCGCGAGCUUGACGAAAACGACGGUGGAGGCCAGGAAAUCGAAAAUGUAUGUACUGUACGUAGAGGAUUAGCGAUCGCCGGCUCGGGUUUCGCGUCCUUUGUCAAACAACGGAGACGCGAACGUGCGCGGCGAUCGGAGCGGUAAUGCAUAAGCAAGCGUGAGAGUGCAUAUAAGGAAAUCGAGCGUAUAGCGUGUGCGUGUACAUAGAAUAUCCUGUAUAUAGUUUUAGAUUUAAAUGACGUCCGGGGAACCUCAUAGGCACCUUACUACACACUCGAUACCUAUUUCGGAUAGGUGUGGCUAAAAACACACGGCAUCUUAUAUCUUUAUAAUAUACAUACACCGAGCGCCCUAUCCUUCCAUAACGCUCUUACAUUAGAUUUAUACCUAUCCGAUUUACACUCGAUAUUAACAUCUAAACGCUACACUAUCAUCUACACUGUAACAAAUUGUAUUAUAUUUUAUAUAUAUAAAUAUGUAAAUGUUUUUUUAACA